AUGAUCAUAUAAUAUAAUAUCAUAGAGUUGGGUGACUUCCAGAAACUAUACAACAUUUCAUAUGGAAAACAAACUAGUGUCAAGCUGGUGCAAAAAUGUUCAAACUUUGCCAGAGAGUUACAUAUUCCCACCAGAUGAAAGACCUGGUGAAAUUGCUGUUCCUUUAAGUGGUAGCAGUCCAAUUAUAGACUUCAAUACUGACCAUGCUUUGAUACUUCAGCAAGUAAAUAAAGCCGGUCAGGAUUUUGGGUAUUUUCAGGUGAUCAAUCAUGGAAUUUCAGAAACGUUGUUGGAGGAGACAGUAAGUGUGUUCAAAGAAUUUUUUAACAUGCCAGCUGAAGAGCAAGCAAACUACUAUUCUGUUGACCCAAAUAGCAAAUGCAGACUCUACACAAGCACUUAUAAUUAUUCCAAUGAAGAUACACAUUAUUGGAGGGAUAAUUUAACACAUAAUUGUCAUCCUCUGGAAGAUAACUUGCCUUUUUGGCCAGAAAAACCAGCCAAUUAUCGGGAAGUCGUUAGCGCUUAUUCAGUAGAAACAAAGAAGCUGAUCACAAAGAUUUCGGAUGUGAUUAGUGAAGGAUUAGGAUUUGAAAAGGGGUAUCUUGGAGGUGAAUUAAGCAAAGUUCAACUGCUAUCUGUGAACUAUUAUCCUCCAUGUCCAGACCCAAAUUUGGCACUUGGAAUGCAUAGCCACUGUGACCCAAACUUGUUCACAGUUCUAUAUCAAGGCAAUGUUUAUGGCCUGCAAAUCUUAAAGGAUGGAAAAUGGACUGGUGUUGAACCUCUUCCUAAUGCAUUUGUGGUCUUCAUCGGUUGCCAAUUACAGAUUAUCAGUAACGAUAAGCUAAAAAGUGUGACUCAUCGAGCAGUGACAAAUCCAAAAGAAGCUCGAGUCUCUGUGGGUACUUUUGUAAUCCCUUCUUCAGAUUGCCACAUUGAACCUGUUAGUGAUUUGGGCAAAACAUCAACGAAAAAUCCACUAUACAAGGCUUACCAGUACAAGGAGUUCUUGCACACCUAUGCAACAAAACAUGGCGAUUUUGAAGCAGUACUUCAGUUUUACAAGCUCUAAUUAAGCUUAAUGUGCAAUUGUGAUCAACCAUGGAAUUUCAGAAGAAUUGUUGGAGGAUACAGUAAGUGUGUGUAGAGAAUUUUUUGACAUGCCAGCUGAAGAGAAAGCAAGCUACUGUUCUGUUGAUCAAAAUAGCAAAUGCAGAGUUUACACAAG